ACCCCGGGACCCGGACCCGCCACGAACCCGCCAGCCUCGGCCCGGGCAGGGAUGACGGCACGUGCAGCCGCGCGCUCCUGAGUCCGCUUUGAUCCGGGCGGCUGCUGCGCGCGCAGCCUCAGGUGAUGAUGGAGUCCGCGGUGUCGCUGGGGAAGCUGGAGCUGCUGGACCCGGGACCGGGACCAGGGGGACCAGGGCCCCCGGGACCGGGACCAGGGCCCCCAGGCGGGGCCAGGCCGCACCUGGAACCCCCUCACCUGGUCCCAGGUGAGCCCGGUCCUCACCUGGACCCCGGUCCUCACCUGGGCGGCUGCGUCCCGCUGUCCCACCAGGUGGCGGGACACAAGUUCGGAGUGGACAAAGUGGGAAUCCUGCAGCAUCCUGACGGGACGGUCCUGAAACAAGUCCAGCCUCCGCCCAGAGGAAAGAGAGAGAUGGACUUCUAUGGCAUGGUCUACGCUGACGACUGCUGUGAUCCGUGUCUGCUGGACCUGCAGAACCAUCUCCCCCGAUUCUACGGGACCUGGUCCUCCCCGGACUCUCCCAACGAGCUGUACCUGAAGCUGCAGGACGUCUCCCACCGGUUCUCUCGUCCCUGCAUCAUGGACGUGAAGCUCGGCCAGCAGAGCUACGACCCGUACGCGUCUCAGGAGAAGCGGGAGCAGCAGAUCCGGAAGUAUCCGCUCAUGGAGGAGAUCGGAUUCCUCAUCCUCGGCAUGCGGGUGUACGACGUUCGCGGCGGCACCUUCGACUCCUACGACCAACACUACGGAAGAGGACUGGUGAAGGAGACGGUUAAAGACGGUCUGGCCCGGUUCUUCCACAACGGGGUCCGUCUGCGGGAGGACGCCGUGCUAGCUAGCAUCCACAAGGUGCAGCGGAUCCUGCGCUGGUUCGAUUCCCAGCAGCAGCUAGCCUUCUACGCUAGCUCGCUGCUGUUUGUCUACGAGGGCCUGCCGUCCUCCGGUACCGGUCCUGGACCCGGGACCGCCGUGACCCCGGCGGGCGACCAGAACCCGGUCCAGGACCGGGAGGAAGUGGCCGAGUUCAACAACAACAUCGAGACGGCGGCGCCGCCGUCGUGGGACUGCAGCCGCGCCGCCGCCGUCGUCUACGCCAACAACAGGAAGUGCGGCGACCAACACUGCAGGGAGGGAAACCGGCCGGCGCACGAGAACCGGAACCUUCCGCCGCCGCCGGCGGAGGCUACGGACGCCGCCGCGGCGGAGAGGCUAGCGGGGCGGGAACGGAGGGACGAGCCGGGAACCGCCGACGUGGAGGUGAAGAUGAUCGACUUCGCCCACGUGUUCCCCAGCGACCGGCACGACGGCGGCUACGUGUUCGGGCUCAAGCACCUGCUGACGGUGCUGGAGCAGAUCCUGUGCGACGCGGCGCAGGUUCCACCGCCGACCGACCCGCCGACCGAACCGCUAACCCGCUAGUUCCUCCUAGCGGGGAACUCUGGACUCCGACGGAGAACUAAAACUCUUUUGUUUCCGUCGGUGAGCCGAGUCCCUGAACGCAGCAUCUCCUACGUCCCCGACGCCACUGGAAGCUUCUCUUUGACCCGGCGGA